GGGCAGGUUAGUUAGUUGGUUGGUUGGUUGGUUAGUUAGUUAGUUAGUUAGUUAGUUAGUUAGUUAGUUAGUUAGUUAGUUAGUUAGUUAGUUGGGAGGACUUUGCAGAUGGAUGCAGAACCUUUCAGCAACAGACACAGGCCCUGUGGUGGAGUUGAUCUUCAGCUGCACCAAGAGGCCCAGCUGUCUGCAGCGUACAGGAGGAACAAGGAGGAGCAGGAGGAGCAUGAGAUGAAGAGAAGAAAAGAGCAGGGUUGGAAGGAGAACAGAGAUCCAAGAGAGGAUCUACACAUUACCAGAACAACCCAGAACCUGACCAAAGAGCAGAGAUGGCGUUCACAGACCAGAACCAGGACCAGGACCACAUUCAAGUCUGCAGCUAGAUCAGGACUAGGAUCUGGAGUUCAGGUGAAGUUCCGCAAGCAAGAGGUCAGAAUGGCUCUGAUUAGGAAGACCAGAAACCAGAACCCAGUAGAGAUUAGGAAACAGAACCCACAUCUGAUCAGAGGGCUUGGAGUGGACCAAACUGGGCCAGUGUUCACAGAGAUACUUCAAAACCAAGACAAGCAAACCAGAACCUUUGAGGUCAGGUCCAGAACAACGCCAGAUCAGCCGACAGCGUCCAGAACCAGGAGAUGUUCUGAAAGAAUAAUGGGUUCAAGAUCAAGGAGAUUAGAAGAGGGACUGCAGAGGACCAGGACCUCGACUAGGACUAGGAGCAGGGGGAGGAUCCACCCAUCUGUGUUCAGAGGGAGAGGUCAGCUGCAGCUGUCCAUCACCUCGGAGGCGGAGCAACUGCUUAUUCACAUCAACAGGGCCAAGGAGCUGAUGGGAAAAUCCCACAAGUCAUGUGACUCGUACGUGAAGCUGAGUGUGACGUCUGACCUUGAUCAUGAAGUUAGGAUCAUGAAGACACAGAUGGUCCCAAACAACAAGAACCCGGAGUAUGACCAGAACUUCACACUGUACGUGACGAAGCCCCGCCUCCGUGGCAGGUUGUUGGUCUCAGUGUUCAGACGGCUCUCUGACACCAGGCGUAGCCAUCUGAUUGGAUGUAUGAGCUUUGGGAUUGGCUCUCUCAUCUCAUCCUCACAGCAGGUGUCUGGUUGGUUUCAGCUUCUGGAGGAGGAGUAUGGGCGGCGCAAACAUCUGCGAGUGACAUCACCGAUAAGCAGACCAAAGACGGGGUUGGGAGCCGACCUCGGAAAGACUCUGGACUCGGCCCCAGAUACCGACCAGAUCUGCAGUGCCAGCACCAACACCAGCACCACAACUACCCAGUCCAGCAGCACCAUCUCCAGUGCUACUGGAUCCAAAGAGACCGUGCAGCUCAGCAGAGCAUCCAGGCAGCCUCUCGGCCCGGUCUCAUCCAACACCACCGUCUGCAGCUUUGUGUCCACACAGAGACUUGUGGUCAAGAUCGUUCGAGGAAAGGAUAGUUUUGGAUUCACCAUCUGCUCUGACAGUCCUGUCAGAGUCCAGGCUGUAGAUCCAGGAGGACCAGCUCAUCAGUCUGGACUCCAUCAGGGAGAUUCAGUGCUGCAGCUCAACGGACUUCCUGUCGAAACCUGGAAAUGUGUUGAUCUUGCUCAUGCCAUCAGGUGUUGUCCAUCUCAGAUCGUGUUGGUGGUCUGGAGAGGUUCACCUGGAAUCGGUUCAGGAUGUGAGACUUUGUUUCAGCCACCAUCUCAGCGUAUGAAAACUGGCAGCAAGUUCUUGCCCCGCCCCUCACACAGUAAACAUGGCUGCAGGCGGGGUCAAGGGUCAGGAGUCCGUUCCAGUUUGGAGGCUCUUGGUUCUCUGUGGAAGGACAGAAAGAACAACCACAAAGAGGAGGAGGAAGAGCAAGAGGUGUUCUCAUCUAACACCAUUAAGGGCACUUGUGUGACAUCAUCAAAUGGGGACAAUUACAUCAUCCUGUCACCUGUUAAUUCAGAAGAAGAGCUCCUGCAUCCACUUUACCACAACAGAAAUGGGACGAUUGGUCGACUGUACCAGACUCACCCAAGGAGAGGCCAAAGUCUCCUCCAGAACCAUCAGCCUGAGAGGUCACAGCAGCCUUUAACCUGCAGCAUUUCCACCAUGCCACGUCCCCGUACCAGGAUUACGGCACCUGGUAACCAAGGCAACUACCAGAACUGCACCAUUAUGCAGUCCCAUCUGCCUCACUCUGGGCUUGGAAACUACAUCAGCCUGGAACCCAAAACUCUCAUCUUCCCUAUUUUUGUCAAGCCGUUGGACCUCUGCAGCCCAGGAAGAACCCUGCUCAUGUCUGAAGAGAUGGUCCUGCACCAGGCUGGCCACCUCCCUGACAAGAUAAUGCUGUUGAUCUACAGUGACCUGCUGCUGUUGACUAGAGAAGAUGAAGCUGGGCGCUGUAAUGUCCUGCAGAGCCCGCUGUACCUGAACACACUGCAGCUCAGAGAAGAGCCGUCAGAGCCACUCCACAUCUACUUCCUGUUGAGCUCCCAGAGCUGCUGGCGCUGCAUCUUCAGUCUGGAGGCUUUCAGCAUGGAGCAAAAGAUUCGUGUCAACCUCUGUCUCCAUGACAACAUACACCUCCAGCAGGUUACUAUGGAGACCGACCACAGCCAGCAGCUCCCAGACCUCCCCUCAGACUUUGGCCUCCUCUCCCUUCAUCAGUCUGACCUACCCUAUCGUCCACCAUCUGCUUACGCCUCCCCCUGUGACCCCCCCAAACCUACAUCUUCAAUUCUCUGCUCCCACAUUCCCCUCUCAUCCUCAGCCCCCCCUCUUUCCUCUCCCCCCGUAUCUUCUUUACCUGUUUACGUCUCCUCGCCUUACUCCAGGAGUGUCGUCUCUCCUCCUCCAUACGUCUCUCCUUACUCCUCCUCCACUCUGAGUCCCAUCUGGAAAAAAAAGGAGGAAACAGAGGAGGAGAGGAAGAAAAGGAUAGCAGAGGAAGAUGUGGAGGAGCGGCAGCAAGGGGAGGGGGAGAGUGCCUCUGAAACAUCCGAGAAUGCGGGAGGUGUUAGGGCAGGGGGCCUCCUUCUCAACCCUCACCACUUUGGCCUACAGGAUGAAGAUGAAGUAGACAAUAAGGAGGAGGGAGGAGAGGUCACCUUUAGACCUGCAGUUCUGCGUCGUUCUCUUUCUGAGGGUUCGUUGCUGCAGGAACCCCCAUCUCCUCAUUUCCUGUCUGACAGCACCAUUCACUGCCUCACCCGCACGGCAACCCUUCACCAUAGCCCAGGCCCCGCCCCCAAUCCUCCCUCCCCUCAGACUCUGAGGAAACAGCUGUUGAGGGACGGGAUGACUCUGCACACCAUGCUACUUCUACUCAACGGUACCAAGGCUGGAGAGUCCAGAAACCAUCUGCUGAGGAGAAAAAAGACCAGAAGUUUGGUGGCAGAUGUUCGAAGCCGUUUGGCUUUUCUCGGGAGACGGAAAAGCUGUUCCGGUAUUUAUGGGAACAGCUUGGAAAAAGCUCUCAGAAACAACAGACCAUCAACAGGCGAAGUUCUGAAGUGGGCGGAGAGUCUGGAAGCUCUGCUGACCAAUCAGUAUGGCCUGGCGAUGUUUCGUCACUUUCUAAAGUCAGAGUUCAGCGAGGAGAACCUGGACUUCUGGUUGGCUGUGGAGAGAUAUAAGAAUACACGCCCCUUUAGCAAGAUGGCUGCCAGAGCUGAAACAAUUUAUAAUGAGUUUAUUUCAGCAAAUGGAGUAAGACAGGUCAACGUGGACUCGUUUGUCAGGGAGUCGACCAAUCAGAGCCUUCAAUUUGGUGUCAGUCCCACCUCCUUCCAGCAGGCCCAAGAUCAAAUCUUCACCCUUAUGGAAAGUGAUAGCUACCAGCGAUUCCUUAAGUCCCGCCUCUACACCCAGCUGGCCAAUCAGGAUUCAGGGAUGACCUCAGAGCUACCCAAUUAGAAUGGGUCUGUGAGUUAGUCACAAGGAUGGACAGACCAGUCCCACCAAUAACCUUUCAGAAAACAGCGGACCAAUAAAAGGAAUAGUAGUAAGAUUUGAUGUAGAACAUAAUGUUAUAAAGAAUUAGUUCAGCUAAUGUUUGUAUUUAAUCUUUGAAUGAGUCUAACGUUUCUUAAAUAACCAAAUAAAACAUUUAUUUUCUCACAGAGGAAGUGUUUUACCAGAGGAAUUGUAGGCUCCAGAAAUAGUUUUAUUUUAAGCGCUAGAAGAAGAACGUUCUAACAUUUAGAACAAAAGGACUAAAGUUACUCGUGUUAGAACGGCACAUCUGGCUGUAGCUCACCUGUGCUUCACAAUAAACUGUGACCCCACUGAA